AGUUUUGAGACUCAAUUGUAAAACAACUCCAAUAGACAAUACUCAACUUGUGAUGUCUGUGACCGUCGGCGCAAACCUUUUCCCGCAGACCAUAGGACUGGUCCACACAAUGACAUCGAUGGACAGUCAGCCACUGGUGACCGAAGUGGUGAGAGUGCCCAGUGUUGAGCACGUGGCACAGAUUGUCGGCAGGAGUGGCUCAAAGAUCAAGUACUUGAGAGCGGAGACCAAUACAUGCAUCAAAACUCCCUAUAGAGGCGACGACCCGGCGUUUGUGGUGACCGGACGGCCCGACAGCGUCCGUAUGGCCGUCAACGCCAUCGAGAAGGCGUCGCAACACUUCUCGUAUCUGAUGGACGGCCGGUCCAACGUGUGUGCCGUCGGCGAAGUGACCAUUUCUGUAACGGUUCCGCAGCCAUACGUGGGCGCAGUGGUCGGCAGAAACGGAUCCGUUAUCAAGACAAUCAAAGAGCAGACCAACACUCGCAUCAAUACACCCAAGAGUGAUGCGGCGGCGCCGGCCUUUGAAGUCACCGGCACUCGAGUGAACGUAUUGGCGGCGAAGGAGGCGAUUGGCGACAAAGUACUACAGGCCUAUCAGUUGCGGAACUCAACAAAGUUUGAUCCAAACCUAAACCGCAGUAAAUUUAUGGAUAAAAUAUUUCAAAGCUCUUCACCGCCGAUGACGGCACCGGUUGUCCUAAUGUCGACUCAAUCGCCCAUUCAAUCAUCGAUCGGAUCCGUGUAUCCAAUGGACAGAGGAUUGUCGCCGAAACCGUCAUUUCCGGUCUCGUCAUCAAUCUUUGACCCCUUCUUCUACUACAAGACUUUGUGCUAACUUUUGGAAACAAUUUAAAUAUUUUUUUAAACAUUUAUUAAUUUUCAAUCAUUUUUUAUUUAAUUAUUACAAAUUAUGACAUUUUUAUCGUUGAUUUUAAACCAAAAUUAUUUAAAUGACAAACAAUUAAGUUAUUAUUAUUUUUUAUAAAAACAAAUCUUAAUUAUUAGUUAAUUUUUAAUCAAAACAUUUAAGCGACAAAUUGUUAUUUUUAUAAAUCUUAAAUCAUUAGUUAGUUUUUAAUUAUAUUUUCCGAC